GCAAAGAAUUCUGGGAUGUCUGACAGUGACAUGGAUGGAAGGACCCACAUUCCAUCUCUACUUAAUGUCCUUUUGUCCAGAAAUCGAGUCAUGCAAAUGAGCUACUUGAAAAGUAAAGAAAAAGGAUAUGGAAAACUAAGCAGUGAUGAAGACCUCGAGAUAAUUGUUGAUCAAAAGCAGGGGAAAGGCUCUAGGGCGGCAGAUAAGGCUGUUGCCAUGGUGAUGAAGGAGAUACCGAGGGAGGAGUCUGCUGAAGAAAAGCCCCUCCUUACUAUGACAUCACAGCUGGUGAAUGAACAGCAAGAAAGCAGACCCCUCCUGAGUCCCUCCAUCGAUGACUUUCUCUGUGAAACCAAAUCGGAGGCAAUAGCAAGGCCAGUAACGUCCAACACAGCUGUGUUGACCACAGGCUUAGACCUCCUUGACCUGAGUGAACCCGUCUCGCAAACCCAAACCAAAGCCAAGAAGCUGGAGGCCUCAGCGAAAACCGCAUCCCUCAAGAAGAAGGCUGAUGGAGCUGAUCUCAUCGGUGCGGAGGCUGAACAGAGAGGCCCGGAGACGGCAUCCUUAGAUUUAGACAUUCAAACACAACUGGAAAAAUGGGACGAUGUUAAGUUUCAUGGAGAUCGCAGUAGCAAGGGUCAUCCAAUGGCAGAGAGAAAAUCAUGCUCUUCAAGAACUGGAUCGAAAGAACUCUUAUGGUCCUCCGAGCACAGAUCCCAGCCUGAACUGAGUGCUGGGAAAAGCGCCCUGAACGCCGAGUCAGCUUCAGAGCUGGAAUUAGUGCCUCCGACACAGGCUCGACUGACCAAAGAACAGCGCUGGGGAAGUGCAUUACUCUCCAGAAAUCACUCCUUAGAAGAGGAAUUUGAAAGGGCAAAAGCAGCAGUGGAGUCAGAUACAGAGUUUUGGGAUAAGAUGCAAGCAGAAUGGGAAGAAAUGGCCCGGAGGAACUGGAUAUCCGAGAACCAAGAAGCUCAGAACCAAGUUACAAUUUCAGCUAGCGAGAAGGGCUAUUACUUCCACACUGAAAACCCCUUCAAGGACUGGCCAGGCGCAUUUGAAGAAGGCUUAAAGAGGCUGAAGGAAGGGGACCUCCCAGUCACCAUCCUGUUCAUGGAGGCCGCGAUUCUUCAGGACCCAGGAGAUGCAGAGGCAUGGCAGUUCCUCGGGAUAACUCAGGCAGAGAAUGAAAACGAGCAAGCAGCUAUUGUCGCCCUCCAGAGGUGCUUAGAAUUGCAGCCCAACAACUUGAAAGCUUUGAUGGCUUUGGCCGUGAGUUACACGAACACGGGCCACCAGCAGGAUGCCUGUGACGCGCUGAAGAAUUGGAUUAAGCAAAACCCAAAGUACAAAUACCUUGUGAAGAGCAAGAAGGGAUCUCCAGGCCUCACCCGGAGGAUGUCUAAGUCUCCGGUGGAUAGCUCUGUUCUGGAAGGCGUGAAGGAAUUAUAUCUGGAAGCUGCCCACCAAAAUGGAGAUAUGAUCGACCCAGACCUGCAGACAGGUCUAGGGGUGCUGUUCCACCUGAGCGGAGAAUUUAAUAGAGCAAUAGAUGCGUUUAACGCCGCCUUAACUGUUCGGCCAGAGGACUAUUCGUUAUGGAACCGUCUGGGGGCGACCUUGGCGAAUGGAGACCGCAGCGAGGAAGCCGUGGAGGCCUACACGCGGGCGCUGGAGAUCCAGCCGGGCUUCAUCCGCUCCAGAUACAACCUGGGCAUCAGCUGCAUCAACCUGGGCGCCUACAGAGAAGCGGUCAGCAAUUUCCUCACUGCCCUCAGUCUGCAGAGGAAAAGCCGGAAUCAACAGCAAGUUCCUCAUCCUGCCAUCUCCGGGAACAUCUGGGCUGCCCUCAGAAUCGCACUGUCUCUGAUGGACCAACCAGAACUCUUCCAGGCGGCCAAUCUCGGCGACCUGGAUGUCCUCCUAAGAGCUUUCAAUUUGGAUCCUUGAAGGAAAAGAAAAAAUAAUAAUCCCUGUCUAUAUGUGUACUCAGAAAUGCAAACCUAUUUUAUUAUGAAUUCCAAAAUGGUGACACCGGAUGUUCAAAAGGCCAUGGUGAGAGAGCCUGAGGGAAUACCUACAGACAAUGCCCACUCUGUUCAGAUCCUA